CUUUCGACGGUCGGUUUUUUCGAUUUGUUUACGAAAUCCAUCAAAAAAUUGAUAUCCUUUAAAAUUAAAAUUACGACUUUAAUUUGAAAUAUACUUUUGAUUCAUAUUUUUUAAUAAAAUAAUUAUCUUCAUUUUUUUUCAGAUUAUUGUUUGUUUAUACCUGACUAGAAAAAACCCGCUAAAAUGGCUGCUGUAGCAAACAAGCCAAAAUCUGAAAUGACUCCAGAAGAGUUGGCUAAACGUGAAGAAGAAGAAUUUACCACUGGUCCCAUGUCUGUACUGACACAAUCUGUUCGUAAUAACACACAAGUACUGAUAAACUGCCGAAACAAUAGAAAACUUUUGGCGAGGAUCAAAGCUUUUGACCGACAUUGUAACAUGGUAUUGGAAAAUGUCCGAGAAAUGUGGACUGAGUUACCAAAGACUGGCAAAGGCAAGAAAAAGGCAAAAGCAGUUAGUCGUGAUAAAUAUAUUUCUAAAAUGUUUCUGCGAGGAGAUUCAGUGAUUUUAGUAGUUAAAAACCCUAAAGAAGCUGUUCGUCAACAACCACCUGCCCCUUAAAAUAUAUUUCCUUUUUUUAAGAACUAGAUUUAAGAAGGGUUAUAUUGUUUACAUAUUUGUACUAUACAUUAAAAACAAUUCUACCUAUCUAAA